GGACAGGAAAACUGUCAUAGCUGUCAACCUUAGAAAUUACUGGGAAAAAUAAUCUUUUUUAAUAUAUAUUUAUUAAAUGCAAAAUACAGAAGAAAUAAUACGACAAUAAUAUGCAUUAAUCAGUAACUGAAGAAUCCCUUGAUGUUCCUUUCAAAUUAGUAGAACUUGUGGCAUCUACUAUACUAGCAGCAUAAAUUCAACAAUAGUUACCUGUAACUCAUAAAGUUCAUUACUAUAUUUUCCAUACUCCACCAUUCCCCCAAAAACUAGUAAUUUGGUUCCAUCCACUACAAAACCAAAAGCAGCACAUCCUGGAGGUACAUCACCUUUAGUAACGGGAAUAAACCAUUGAUUUGUUGCUACAAGAAAGAAGAUGAGUAAACAACUAAUAUUAAAGAUUAGGACCAUCUUUUUCUAUUCAAUGAACAAACUAAAAUGGUAGAAAAAGAGAUACUACACUAAGAAAAAAAUAGAAGAUACUGGAAAUUUUCAAGCAAAUUAAGGUUCAUUAACACAUUAUGACAAAAGCUGGUAUUUUUCAAUAGUAUUUGAAAUCACUGCAUGUUUAUUCAACAAACUAAUAAAAAGAGUACCAGGAUAUCCAACUAUCGCAAAACUGACGUCGUAUUAAUUAUAUCAGUAAUUUUGGUCUCAUCUGUGUUAUAUUAUGUUAAGUUUUAUCCACAAUCCGUAUUUAGUGCUGAAGAACAUCAAAAGCUUAUUCCAGACCCAAAGAAGCCUCUACCAUUUUCUGAAAUAAGAAUGGAGUUUUUUGAAAAAGCUGCUGUUAUUAGUGAUGCUGCUCCUUGUGCAAAGAUUGGAAGGGAUAUACUUAAGAAAAAUGGUUCGGCAGUUGAUGCAUCCAUCGGUGCAUUAAUAUGCAACUCAGUAGUUAACAUGCAAAGUGCUGGAGUUGGUGGCGGCUUUUUCAUGACAAUUUUUAAAAAUGACGAAAAAAAAGUAUACUGCUUAAACGCUAGAGAGAAAGCUCCUUCGAAUGUGAUGUCUGGUAAAUUUAAGAAUGAUGGUGAUCCACUGAACAACGCCGCAAUGAUUGCUGUACCUGGAGAAAUAAAAGGUUAUUUAAGAGCUCAUCAAAAAUUUGGCAAGUUACGAUGGGAAGAAUUGGUGCAACCUACGAUAGAUAUUUGCGAAAACGGAUAUACCAUUGGCCAACAUCAAUAUAACUCUAUGAUUUUAAAUAAAGAUAUUCAACGGGAUGAAAAUCUUAGGGAAUGGUUUUCCGAUAAUAAAACACAAUUUAAAAGACCUGGUAACAAUGUAGUACCUACAAAAUUAUGUAAUUUCCUUAAAAUGUUGUCCAAGAACGGACCAGAAGAUUUUUACACAGGCGAAAUAUCAAAGAUUGUUCUUCAGGAUUUAGUUAACAUGAAUAGUACUAUUUCUGCAGAAGAUUUAAAAAGUUACGACGCAGUAUGGCUGGAAUCUAUCAAUAUAAUCUUAAACAAUGGCGACAGAUUUUAUUCCUUUCCUGCUCCAGGUUCUGGUCCACUUGUAAGUUUCAUAUUGAACGUGUUCGAUGAGUUUAACUUUACUAAAGAAUCAUGUUUAAUGGAGGUGGAAAAUGUCUUACAAAUAUAUCAUAAAAUUAUAGAAACAUUUAAGUUUGCUUUCGCCAAAAGACCGGAAUUGGGAGACCCAAACUUUGUUGAUAUAAGGGAGGUUACUAAUAAGCUGCUAUCUAAAGAUUUUGCAAAACUAGUCAGGUUUAAAGUAAAGGAUAAAACUUCAUAUGAUCCAGCAUAUUAUGGACUUCGUUCUAACUAUAUAAAUUAUGAUCAAGGUACCUCUCACAUAUCAGUAAUAGCUGAAAACGGUGAUGCAGUGUCUGUAACCAGUACAAUAAAUAAGCAAUUUGGAGCUGCCAAAACAGGUAAGAGAACGGGCUUUGUUUUCAAUAAUGCUAUGGCCGACUUUUCUUUUGAGUUUUUGAAGAACAAUUUCGACUUAAUUGGUGCAGAUAUUAAUAAAGCCGAACCUGGAAAAACACCAUUGUCUUCAAUGUCCCCGUCGAUUUUAACAGAUAAACACGACAAUGUUAAAUUAGUUAUAGGAGGAAUUGGUGGACCGAAAAUUAUAACAUCUAUAGCUCAAACGUUGGUAAGACUGCUAUGGUUUAAUAAUAACCUCAAAGAAGCAAUAGAUACGCCAAAGGUUCACCACCAACUACUUCCAAUGACACUUGUGUAUGAGUAUGGAUUAAUAGACGAACUAGUACAGAAACUGAAAACUCUUGGACAUACAACAGAUAGAAAAACUGACUCAGCUGUAUACGUUUUACAAAAACAGAAUAAUCAGAUUAUAGGAAUACAUGACUCUAGAAAACCAGGUGGAGGAGUGUACGGCAUUUAAAAUGUAUUUUAUUAUAUAUAUAAUAUAAUAUACAAUGUAUUAUAAUACAAAAUGAAAGUCUGAGUUAAAUAAAUUUAUAUUGUUGU